AAGGGAGAAGUGCAGACAGGACUAAUGAUCGUGUUCGCACUGCUCUGUGUGCUGGGGGCUCUGCUCAAAGGGGAAGCAAAAGUUCUGUACUCUCGUGUGUCUGUGGAGGAAGGAAGGACCCUCAUUCUUAGAUGUGCGUUUCCAGGAAGCAACAGCUCCGCCAUGCAAUGGCUCACACCAAGGGGAUAUGUCACCUUCUUCAACAGUGAGAAAGUUUUGAAAGACAGAAGACUCCAAUUGAUCAGGUCAUCACGGAACAGGCUUGUUAUCAGUAUAUCCAAUAUUACCAGGGACGAUGAAGGCGUGUAUACGUGUUUACACUACAGCAUGCCAGUGAAAGCCAAAGAGGUCAACGUUACAGUACGGGCUACCCCUUCCCAGCCUAUCAUAGAGGUCGUUCAGAUCUCCAGAAAAUCCUCUAAAGAUGAAAUUGUCCUAAACUGCUCGACCUCCGGCGGCCGGCCCUGCCCCAGGAUCACAUGGCUGGUGGGUCACACCGAGUUGUCAGGCAAUAGAAAAGCGUCGUUCCAGGGGGAUGACAAGAAAUGCACAGCGAGCAGCACCUUGCGGAUCAACGCUUUUACUCACAGAUCAACGGUCACUUGUGUUGUGAGGCACAGAAGCUUCUCCAUGGGAAACUCCACAGCCACGUUCAAUUUCAGCAACCUAUUGACGGCCACCGAAGCCGGGAACACACCGAUCGACCAAACUACGGCACAUGUUCCUCACUCUGCAGAGGUCACAACUUCCAUGAUAAGCUCAGAGCAAAGCUUUACAGGGGGAUAUGGUGUGACCACCACAGGAGGAGAAGAAGGAAACCCAACUACAGAUAUCACGUCUAUGACAUACCCAGAAUGGAACACAACAUUGGAAAACCCCAUGACAGGCGAAGAUAAAGAAGAUCGAACUAACGCUACUGGACGAGAAACAUUACCAGCUGGUGACAUCACCACACAGCAGAAUGAGACCACAGAGGCCGUGACCUACAGUGCCUUCACAGACAUUAACACUACGUGGUACAUUCAGUUGGAUAACGUGACUGGAAUUAGCCAGAGCAGAACUGCAGAAUUUGAAGCCUCUAGAGGAAAGUCGAACAGUACUGUAAUCCUGAUUCUGGUGUCGCUGAUGAUCUGUGUGCUUCUGGUCACUGUACAUCUUUUUCUUAUGAAGCUGAAAAAAGCCCAUGAAGCCUGGAAGAAAGAGAAUGAAAAUUCGGAUCAGACUCUGGAGAGCAACAAAUCCAAGUCAAAUAAUGAAGAUGCUCCUGGUCCAGUAAGGAAUGGUCAAGGGGCCACAAAUCAAAAUGGAUCCGGAAUUAAGUACAACAGCCAGGUUUCCAUGUGAUCACCACCAAAUCCCAACCGAUGUGCAAUCGCGCCCUCAGUGUGACGAUAUUGUUUGUUUGUUUUUUAUUGUUUAGAUGAUAAUUUUAUAUGUGAAUAAAUAUUGUGUAUUAUCUUUAAAUAAUAUUUUUAGAC